AUGGGGGCCCCCAGGCUGAGCUGUGGGGAGUCAGAGAGAGGUACAAGGGAUAAGAGGCCCCGUACCUGUGCAGCAGCAGCAGCAGCAGCAGCAGCAGCAGCAGCAGCAACAGCAGCAGCAGCAACAACAGCAGCAGCAGGAGCAGCAGCAACAGCAACAACAAAGCCAGUAGAUAAACCCACAGUAGAACCAACAGAAGAACCAGCAGCAAGCAAACCAACCGCACCAGCAGCAGCAGCAGCAGCAGCAGCAGCAGCAGCAGCGGGGGACUCCUGCUGCAGUCCCAGUGUAUCGACACCCUCAACAGCAGCAUCGGUUACCCCUCGUCCUCUCCUUUACUAUGGCCGCCUAGCAGACAGCGACACAGAGGCCCCAGGGCCCCCAGAGGCCCCGGGGCCCCGGGGGCCCCCAGAUGCCCCGGGGCCCCCAGUACCCUCGGGGCCCCCAGUACCCUCGGGGCCCCCAGGGCCCCCCCCGGAUUCCCCUGCUGCUGCUGAACGCGUGGCAGCCUACGUCAGCAGCAGCAGCAGCAGCAGCAACAGCAGCAGCAGCAGCAGCGGGAAGACGGAGGAGACAGAGGAGACAGCUGUUGUGUUGAGGCGCUGGAGUAUCGACAGCUGGCAGGUGGGCUGUUAG